AGUCACUUACUUCCCGGGAAGUGAAGUUCUCUCCCCUAGUCUGCCUAUAUGCCUGCCCAUUAAAACAGCCCUUUGAAGGUGGCGGGGAAGAGCUGCUCUUCCCCCCGCAGUUGCUGGAUUAACGACUUUUGGGCUGGGACGCCCUUUUGUUUUAUUUUUUGCCCUCUCUGGUUUAUAUUUUAAUUUUUGGGGGAUACUGGACGCCAUGUUGUGGAAACUAGCAGACAAUGUCAAGUACGAAGAGGACUGUGAGGACCGUCACGACAGCAGCAGCAAUGGGAACCCCAGACUGCCCCACCUCUCGGCCGUCAGCCAGCACUUGUACAGUCCGGCACCCCCCCUUUCCCACUCGGGGGCCUCCGAUUUCCAGCCCCCUUACUUCCCACCCCCGUACCAGCCUCUGCCUUACUCCCAGUCCAGUGAUCCUUACUCUCACCUGGGUGAUCCUUUCUCCAUCAACCCGCUCCACCAGCCGCCGCCGCCUCCCCCCAGCCAGCAGCAAACCAGUUGGCCCAGCCGCCAGACCAGCCAAGACCACUCCAGUUUGUCCCACCACGCUCGGUCUGGUUUGGUGCCCCAUCUCCCGGCUCUGGAAAGCGGCUCUGCUGGGGUGAGAAGGGAAACCUACAGGCGAUCUGAGCUGCUCCUGCCUCACGGCCACGGCCUCGAUGCUUCCAGCUUGGCAGAGAACCUAGGACUGCAUGAAAUGGCCCACCAGAUGGAAGAGGUGCAGCAUGUGGAAGAUCAGCAUUUAUUAAUGCAUGACCAGACAGUCAUUAGAAAAGGUCCUAUUUCAUUAACGAAAAACAAUGCAUUAGGUCUCCCUUGCCAGAAGGAUGGACUUAUCGGCGUCGUGAUCAACCCCAACGAAGUAUUCUGCUCUGUUCCUGGGCGGCUUUCUCUUCUCAGCUCGACGUCUAAAUACAAAGUGACAGUAGCAGAGGUUCAGAGAAGGCUCUCUCCUCCAGAAUGUCUCAACGCUUCGUUGCUGGGAGGGGUUCUUCGAAGAGCCAAAUCUAAAAAUGGUGGCCGAUCUCUAAGGGAGAAGCUGGACAAAAUUGGCCUCAACCUUCCAGCUGGCAGAAGGAAAGCUGCAAAUGUGACUUUGUUGACAUCGUUGGUGGAAGGCGAAGCUGUACAUCUUGCCCGGGAUUUUGGCUACGUCUGUGAAACUGAGUUUCCUUCCAAAGCUGUGGCUGAAUACUUAACUCGGCCGCAUCUGGGGCGUAAUGAGAUGGCUAACAGGAAGAACAUGCUGCUGGCUGCAAAGCAGAUCUGCAAAGAAUUCACUGAACUCCUCACUCAGGACCGCACCCCUCUUGGUAAUGCGAGGCCGAGCCCCAUCUUAGACCCUGGCAUCCAGGGCUGCUUGACUCACUUCAGCCUAAUCACCCACGGCUUCGGGAGCGCUGCGAUCUGUGCUGCCAUGACGUCCGUCCAGAACUACCUGAACGAAGCGCUAAAAAUUGCAGACAAAACGUACAUGAACGCCGGCGACCAGAGCCCUGCGGAAACCAAUAAAAGCAUUGAGAAAAUGGACAAGCACCGGAACUGCUGUUAUCCAUUCAUUGUGGGACCAGGGAACCGAAGAUAAACAUGAGUACAAGCUUUUAAUUCAUUUUUAAAAGAAAGAAAAAAACUUUUAAACAGUACAAAGUGGUGCUAUUUUUUUUUCUUGUAUGGAAGUCUGUUUAGUGCUGUUUCUCAAAACUUUGAAUAAGAUGCUCUUUUGCAUUACGUACAUCCUGAUAGCAUCAUUCAGAUGGAACACUAAACUGUGGUUUUUUAAUGUUACCUGAAGCCCUGGAAUUGAGAACCUCCCUCUUUGCAGUUGCAAGGAUGAAAUAGGAAGCGUUUGCUUCCUGCCUGACACCAAGUAUAGUUUAUCUGUAUGUUAAAAAAGGACAAACCAUCAUUAGUGUAAAUUAAUCUGCCCCAGUUGAUGCUCUCUAACUGUUUUGUACUGCAGCUUCCAUCAGCCCACGGUAAGGGAUUAUGGGAGUUGUAACCCAAAAUGUCUGAAAGGCAUCAAGAUUGGGUGCAAGCUAUGGUUUGAUAAUAACAAUCCAGGACUAUAAACCCCAUGCCGACCCAGGUUGCUUCAAUAAAUCACAUGUUUACACACAAAUCAUUGUUUGUCAUUCUGAGAUGUCACAAUAAACUAAGGUUAGUGUUAAACAGAAGGCAAAUGCUUCCAGUUUCCUUCUCAUGGCUGUGCCAGAGAAUAAGAAGAGAAGAAUGGGUUAUAAGCAGGAUUUCCCGGGUUCUGGAAAUCUUUGGAAACCAGCAACAACAUAGCUCAGUAUUAACCCCAGGGGAUCUGAAGCCUUGACAAGGCACCCAGGACUGUAGAUGUAUCCAAAGGGAAGUUGAACUUGGUAUAAAGUGAAACAAAUUGUCUGAUGGUUAUUUGAACACCUUGCAUCACCUUGCAACCUCUUGGGGGCUUUUUGAGAGUGAUUCAGACUUCUAGGCACAAAUCCUGGAAGUUAUUCUAAUGCAGACUAAGCUUCUGCUGGACUCAAAUGAACACAGAGCAGCAAGCACUAAAGUGGGGAAGCGGAACCUUCAGCUGCUCAGAUCUUGCUGGACUACAGUUCCCAUCAUCCUCAGCUGGCAUGGCUGGGGAUGAUGAGACUUUGAGUCCAACAGUGCCUGGGAGACCACAGGCUUCCCAUCCCUGCAGUAAAGCGUACUGUAGCAGUUCUUCUUACACAAGGAAAAACUAGUUCAAGCUAAAAAGAAUGCAAAAUAAACUUGCUUCUGUUUUUUAAAUGCCAGGAUACUGCAGCUUUAUAUAUGUCACCAGGUCUUGUGUUUUUAAAAUAGGAAAAAAACUUGAAAGAAUAGGCACAUUUUUUUUAAUUUUUUUGCCUAUAUAGGCCAAAAAGUUAUAUAUAUAUAUAUGAAUAUAUAUAAAUAUAUAUAAAUAUAUCCAGGGAGGUUUUUAUGUGUAUAAGGGAAAACAGUGUGUUGGAAUGUAUAUAUUUAUUUAUGUGUAAUUUAAUGGGUCUUGUAAAUAAUGGUGAACAUUUUAAUACUUUUUUUUUUAUAAAUGGGCUUCAAAAUUUAAAAUCCCCCCCCCUUUCCUCCCCAAAAAAGGUAAUGGGUAAGCUCAAAUACACUGCUACACAGGUCUGUUUAUGCUGGGUAUUUAAAAGUGACUUUUUACAAAAAAAAUAAAAAUGAAAAUCC